ACUGCUACAGUCUGAUUUUGCAAUUUGCAUGUAAAUAGUUGUUAGUGAACACUAUUUAGGUUAUCUUACAUAUUUUGUUUUUUCAAAGUAUUGUCUCGCUUAUUCUUCCCUACUAGCAUCGUAGUUUUACUCUUGUAGUUUCUUGUCCUUUGAUUUUGGUUACUAUAUGUUGUUUCUUGCGCUUCAAUAACCAGUGACGGAACCAGAAUUUUCAUCCAGGGGGUUUAAAAAUUCUAAAAGGUAAAUACACGAAGAAGUCAGGGAGUUCAACAUCUACUAUAUAUACAUAACAAAAUAAUUUUAACUUUAAAAAUAUACUGUAAUUUUUCGCCGAGGGGGUUCGGAUGAACCCCCGGAGCUAAUGUGGCUCCUCCCCUGUCGAUCACCGUAUUAUUUGUUGUAGUUACUGAUCCUUUUUUUUUUUUCAUAAUGCUUUGACAUGCUUUCUAUAGUAUUUUGCCAUGACUUUUCAUUUUCGCUAUUUCUUUUUCCAACCUGCUUUGAAAUAUUUCCUUGAGCCGAGGUCAUUUUCGCUAUUUCUUUUUCCGACCUGCUUUGAAAUAUUUCCUUGAACCGAGGUCUAUUGGAAGAAGGUCUAUUGGAAACAGUCUCUCUAACUCCCAAGGUUGGGGUAAGGUGUACACAUACACUCUACCCUCCCCAGAUCCCAGUUGUGAGAUUACAAUGGGAAGUGAAACAACAGAGGAACGGGACAAUGUGGUACCAUGUGGCAAAGCCAUCCGAAUUCUUGGUGAUCACUGGCAGAGGAAUUGAUGAGUUGAAAAUUGCGAAGAGGGCUAUGGUGUGGCCAUUUCAGAAAUGCACAAGAAUUGAUGUUACCCCUGUAAAUUACACCUUCGAAGUCAAUGCCAUGAGCGUGGAGAAGCUAUCUUUCCUACUCCCCGCCGUUUUCACUAUUGGUCCCCGGGCUGAUGACCACAACAGCCUUGUCAAAUACGCGAGGCUUCUUUCUCUUCAUCAGCGCGAUUCCCAUGACGUAAAAGAACUUGUUCAAGGCAUCAUUGAGGGAGAAACGCGUGUCUUGGCUGCUUCAAUGUCGAUGGAAGACGUCUUUAAAGGCACAAAAGAUUUCAAAAGCGAAGUUUUUGGAAAGGUUCAGGUGGAGCUUAACCAAUUUGGCCUUCUGAUAUAUAAUGCUAACAUUAAGCAACUAGUUGAUGUCAGAGGUCAUGAGUACUUUUCAUACUUAGGCCAGAAAACUCAAAUGGAAGCAGCAAACAGGGCAAAAGUUGAUGUUGCUGAAGCAAAAAUGAAGGGCGACGUUGGCGCCAAAAAGAGUGAAGGAUUGACAAUUCAAAGUGCUUCAAAGAUUGAUGUCGAGACAAAGGUAAUAACCGCUCAAAGACAAGGUCAAGGUAAAAUGGAGGAGAUCAAGGUGGGAUCAGAAGUUAAGAUUUUUGAGAAUCAGCAAGAAGCUGAAGUGUCCGAGGCGAAUGCAAAACUAGCAACCAAGAAAGCGGCAUGGGCUCAGCAGGCAAAGAUGGCAGAGGUGGAAUCUGAAAAAGCCGUGGAAAUACGGGAGGCUGAGUUACAGCGAGAAGUCGAGCAAAGGAAUGUCCUGACUAAGACUGAGAACUUCAAGGCUCAAUUCCUCAGCAGGGCUAAUGUGGAAUAUGAGAUUAAGGUGCAAGAGGCAAAUUGGGAGUAUUACCAAAAGCAAAAAGCAGCUGAUGCAAUACUGUAUGAGAAAGAAAAGUUAGCAGAGGCUCGAAGGGUCGAAUCAGACGCUGAAACAUACGCGAAAAAACAAGCUGCAGAUGUUGCGCUCUAUGCCAAGACGAAAGAGGCAGAAGGACUUGUGGCUUUUGCAGCAGCACAAGGAUUUUACAUACAAACAUUGUUGUCAGCAUUGGGAGGAAAUUACAUAGCAUUAAGGGAUUACUUGAUGAUUAACGAAGGGAUAUACAAGGACAUCGCCAAGUUCAAUGCAGAAGCUAUUAGAGGACUGCAACCGAAGAUCACUAUUUGGUCAAAUGGUGAUGGGGAGAUGAGUGAUGGAACGAAUGCACGAAAAGGAAAUGGAGCUAUGAAGGAGAUGGCCGAACUUUAUAGUGUAAUCCCUCGGUUGUUACAGACUGUGAAUGAGCAAACUAAGAUGCUGCCUCCACCAUGGUUGAGUACUUACAGCACAAACAAGGCCACAUCAAGUGAAUCAGCUUAAUGGUUUCUCACAAAAUGGUUGAUAUUAGCUAACUUGCUGGUAAAUGAUCUACUAGUAGACUCAAUUUAGGCACAAUAUUUCAUUGGGAAGUAAAGGAAUUAACAGUUUAGAUUACUAUGCUUUAACUAGUACUAGUAUGAUGUUCACAAACAUGCUUUUUCUUUCUUUUCGCACCCAAGGGUGGAUGAAGUGGGUUGAGAAUUAUGUGA